GCGGGCGGGGUAAGAUGGCGGAACUGGGGAAGAAGUACUGCGUGUACUGCCUGGCCGAGGUGAGCCCGCUCCGCUUCCGCUGCACCGAGUGCGCCGACAUCGAGCUCUGCCCCGAGUGCUUCUCGGCGGGCGCCGAGAUCGGCCCGCACCGCCGAUGGCACGGCUACCAGCUGGUGGACGGCGGCCGCUUCACCCUCUGGGGCGCCGAGGCCGAGGGCGGCUGGAGCAGCCGCGAGGAGCAGCUGCUGCUGGACGCCAUCGAGCAGUUCGGCUUCGGCAACUGGGAGGACAUGGCUGCUCAUGUGGGAGCGUCCCGAACACCUCAGGAGGUGAUGGAACAUUAUGUGAGCAUGUAUAUCCAUGGCAACCUGGGAAAAGCCUGCAUCCCUGACACUAUUCCGAACAGGGUGACGGACCACACGUGUCCCAGUGGCGGCCCGCUGUCUCCAAGCCUGACGACGCCGCUGCCGCCGCUGGACAUCUCGGUGGCCGAGCAGCAGCAGCUGGGGUACAUGCCGCUCCGUGACGACUACGAGAUCGAGUACGACCAGGACGCCGAGACGCUCAUCAGCGGCCUCUCGGUGAACUAUGACGAUGACGACGUGGAAAUUGAGUUAAAAAGAGCUCAUGUGGACAUGUACGUGAGGAAACUCAAGGAGAGGCAACGGCGGAAGAACAUUGCGCGAGAUUAUAAUUUGGUACCGGCCUUCCUGGGGAAGGAUAAAAAAGACAAGGAGAAAGCUCCAAAACGAAAGAUCACAAAAGAAGAAAAGGAGCUGAGGCUGAAACUGAGGCCUUUGUACCAGUUCAUGUCUUGUAAGGAGUUUGAAGACUUCUUUGAGAACAUGCACAAGGAGAGGAUACUUCGAGCGAAGAUUCGGGAGCUGCAGCGGUAUCGGCGAAAUGGGAUCACCAAAAUGGAGGAGUCGGCAGAGUAUGAGGCGGCCAGGCACAAACGGGAAAAAAGGAAGGAGAACAAGAACAUAGCUAGUUCCAAGAGAGGGAAGGAAGAGGGUAAAGAAGGUGAAUUUGCUGCCAUUGAAAACCUGCCUGGCUUUGAACUCUUAUCGGACAGGGAAAAGGUGCUCUGCAGCUCUCUGAACUUGAGUCCUGCACGUUACGUGACUGUAAAAACUAUCAUCAUUAAAGACCAUCUCCAAAAAAGACAAGGAAUUCCUUCAAAGAGUCGCCUUCCCAGUUACUUAGAUAAGGUACUGAAGAAAAGGAUUUUAAACUUUCUGACAGAAAGUGGUUGGAUAUCCAGGGAUGCUUCAUGAAAUUCAGUUGAUCUACAAAAACACAGCAGAGGCCCAUUACAGCCUCAAGGACUCAGUUAUUUUUUCCUUCCCUCCCCAAAGAUAUAGAAACCAUGUCGCUUAAAAACACAAAAGAGCAAAUACAUAAACCCCCACAGUCAUCAUGAUCCAUGGUGGUUCAAAUAGACUUUUGCUUUGGAUCAUGGAAAAUACUUAAUUGUGAAACUUCUACAUUGGAUUUCACUGCUUUUGGGUACAUUAUUAGAACAGAUUUUUUCACGUGAACUUACUCAAGUCCGGUAGUCCCAGAGUAGUUGUUUUAGUCCGUACUAUUGGAUAAAUGAAUAUCAGUGUAAUCCUUGCUUUUCUUUGAAGGUAGGAGAUAGUUUCAUUUGCUGGAAACUUUCUUCACCUUUUGUUUUGUUUUUUUUUUGGCAUAAUGCUGGCAGCAAAAUGAAGUUUACAAAAGUCCUGUGCUCAGGUGCAGGUGAGCGGGGACUUCUGUGACCAUUGCUAAGCUUUUGGAACAUUCUCCUUAGUAACUACAGACAAGGUUUGGGGACACCAGGAUGAGAGUUCCUGUUGAGAAUAAAGCAGGGGUGAGCCGUGGCAGGAACGAAGGAAGGAAAUGUGGUAGGUGAGAUGCCUCCAGGGAUGUGUGCUAUGGAGGGGGAUUCUUAAAGAGCUACCAGCUGAUCCCGGAAUUGCUUUGAUGUGAGUUUCCUGAAACAGACCCCUCUGUAGAUUUGACGUUUCCUGCUUGGUACUGGAGUGUCAGGAAUCCCAAGCAGCUGUGGUGCUCUGCUCCAGAGGAGGGGUCAGCUACAGAGAGGUACCUGAUUUGGGCCAGAAGUGGGGUUUGGGAGAAUAGGCAGUGAGGUGUUUGGCAGAAGUUGACAGCCUCAGGCAGCAAAAUCAGUUUUUCCUUGUUGGGGGAGCCCGCUUCUCCUCUGGGAUCUUGACUGCUGAGGUCACAUGGGCUGAGGAUGUGUAGCUGCUGCCUGAAUUUCAUUGGGAAGUCAGGGAAAGGGAGUAAGAUUCUCAAAUGGGGUGUGAUCACUGAGAUUGGUCUUUAAAAACAGAAAUAACAAUUGAUGCGGAUUUGGUCAAAAUGCACAAAGUGUUCCUGAAUUUGGAGUGCUUAAUCCAGCCACUGUAGGGUUCUAAUUUCACAUACCUUGAAAUGUAGCAUCCCAGGUAUGUUGAAUCUGAAUUUACUGACAGGUAGAAGAAGAGUGCACUUUGGGAGGGAUCUCCUCCAGUUCUGACAGCUGCAGCCUGGAGUGCUGCUGGAGCUGGGCACCAGCUGGGAUGUAACACAACAGGAAACACAAAUACCAGACCCACAGUACCAUUCUAGCAGUAUCAAUUGAUUAAGAGAAAGAUGUUGAAGAAGGAUUAGAAAAAAAAUUUUAUGCCCAUUUCAUCCUUCAGUUCCCAUGCUGGUAUUUAACCAAAUGAAUAAAAAAUAGUGGUUGCCAUGUGGAAGAUGGCACGAGUUACUUGUGCCUAAGCCUCUCUGCUGGUUGUGUCUGGAGCAGGAAGCUGUGACUGGAGGCAGGCUGGGCAGGUCGUCUGGAGUGCAGGUGUACCAAAACACCAAAACUUGGAACCUGACUUCAACAUGGCUUCAAUAUGAGUGCAAGAUCUGGAAGUGUCAUCUUGCUUUGAUGCUUUGGGCUGUAGUCAGUAAGGAUACGACAAAAUCUUAAAACAGUAUUAAUUCUGCAGUUUGGCAGAGCUGUUCUGAUCAGAACUGGGUUUCCUUUAAUACAUCCAGCAUUACCAAACUAGUGUUACCAGUGAGUUUAGAGUAAAAGGGGUACAAUUACAAAGCCAGCAUUUCUAAGGAAAAAAACCAAAACUCUAGUGCCUUUUUCUUUUGACCUUAUGAUGUUAUGUCCCUUCAGAAAAGGUAAGGGCUAUGUCCUCUGGGAUGUAAUACUUUGUUUGGCUUAUAUGUAAGUGGUUUGUUGUGGCAGACUUGAGACAAAACUGUCUCUUCUUGGCAGCAGUGGAGCUAACUGCAAUGUGCUGAGUAGCUUUAAUAACCACUUCCACCCUAUAUGCAUGUACAUGCAGCACACCAAGUUCAUAAGGUAUAAACCCUUGGUUAUUUUCUCUGUCCUACUCCUUUGGGAAGGUAGCUCAGUUUUUCUUUUCAGCAUUCUAGUUAUGCAAUUUGGUUCUUCCUGUAACUUGUUACCUAACUACCAUACCAUGCUGUUAUGAAGCCUCAGUUCUGCAUGUAGCUGGGAGUUUAAGAGAACUGUUUCAGUUUUGGUUCUUUUGGGUUUUUUUUCCCCCUCAAAUCUGUGAUUUUCAUGUUUCUACACUGUUUUGGCACAUCUAAGUUAAACUGAAGCAAUAGCGUAAAGCCCAUCCGAACAAUAACUUAGGAAAAAAUCUAGGCACCAAUGAGUCCUUUAAAUGUUGAAGUGAAUUCUGCAUUUACACUUUGUAGCUUCUUAAUUCCUCAGCCCCCCCAAAAUGUUUCUUUGGUGCUAGAUGUAACUUAUUAAACAUCAAAAUGAAUGUAAAAUAAAGUAUUUUUAAUGUA